CUUCUUUCAAUAUUAGAAAUGCCACCCCCAGAAAACCUCUAAAAUCUAUGAGUGAUCCAAAACGUCCGUUAGACGCAUCCAUUAACAGCAGGAGCAGACAGACUCUCUCUCAUUUCAUUCCUACUCACUGAUCAACUCCAAAAACUCAAUGUUAGAUCUAGGUCCAUUCUCAGACGAUAAAUUCGACCCGAAAAAAUGGAUAAACUCCGCUUGCAAGACCCGGCACCAACAAGAAUCACUCGACAAACACUUGGUGGAUCUCGAAAUGAAACUCCAGAUGGUAUCCGAAGAGAUCGCUGCCUCUCUCGAGGAACAGAGCGCUGCCGCUCUCCUCCGUGUCCCUCGCGCCACUCGCGAUGUCGUUCGUCUGCGUGACGACGCCGUUUCUCUUCGCACUUCUGUCUCUUCCAUCCUCCAAAAGCUCAAAAAGGCAGAGGGAACAUCGGCGGAAUCUAUAGCGGCACUUGCGAAAGUUGAUACUGUAAAGCAGAGAAUGGAAGCUGCUUACGAGACUUUGCAGGAUGCGGCGGGGUUAACGCAAUUGAGUUCCACAGUGGAGGAUGUGUUUGCUAGCGGUGAUCUUCCUCGUGCUGCGGAAACAUUGGCUAAUAUGAGGCAUUGCUUAUCUGCUGUUGGCGAGGUCGCUGAAUUUGCUAAUGUGAGGAAGCAACUCGAGGUUUUAGAGGAUAGGUUAGAUUCAAUGGUACAGCCUCGCUUAAUGGAUGCACUAUCCAAUCGCAAGGUUGAUAUUGCUCAAGACUUGAGGGGAAUUCUGAUGCGAAUUGGGAGAUUUAAGUCUCUAGAGAUGCAUUAUACCAAAGUUCAUCUAAAGCCUUUAAGACAGCUAUGGGAAGAUUUUGAAACUAGGCAACGUGCUAAUAAGCUUGCAAGUGAGAGAAAUGAGAUGGAUAGGCUAUCAGGCAGCAAUGAUUCACCAGCAAUUUCAUUUGCAAGUUGGUUGCCGAGUUUCUAUGAUGAAUUGCUGCUCUAUCUUGAGCAAGAAUGGAAAUGGUGUACAAUUGCUUUUCCUGAGGACUAUAGAACUCUUGUGCCGAAGCUUCUAAUUGAGACAAUGGCAGCUCUGGGGGCAAGUUUUAUUUCCCGUAUCAAUCUUGCCACUGGAGAUGUUGUCCCUGAGACAAAAACACUUGCCAAAGGUAUAUUGGAUAUUUUAUCUGGAGAUAUGCCCAAGGGCAUCAAGAUCCAGGCUAAGCAUCUUGAGGCUUUGAUUGAAUUGCACAACAUGACAGCCACCUUUGCAAGGAAUGUUCAGCACUUAUUUUCAGAAUCUGAUCUCCGAGUUUUAAUGGAUACGCUGAAGGCAGUCUACCUUCCUUAUGAAUCUUUUAAACAGAGGUAUGGACAGAUGGAGCGUGCCAUCCUCUCUUCUGAGAUUGCAGGGGCUGAUCUAAGGGGAGCUGUUACUCGUGGUGUGGGAGCCCAGGGCAUCGAAUUGAGUGAAACAGUUCGGAGAAUGGAAGAGUCUACUCCCCAUGUCAUUGUUCUUCUUGAAGCAGCUGUAGAAAGGUGCAUCAGCUUUACUGGUGGUUCCGAAGCAGAUGAACUAGUUCUUGCACUUGAUGAUAUAAUGUUACAGUACAUUUCUUUGCUUCAAGAAACGCUCAAAUCCUUAAGAGCUGUGAGUGGAGUAGAUAACAUAGGUGAUCCAAAGAAAGACACAAGUUUGGAGAAAAAAGAAGGGAGUCAAAAUGCACGCAAAGUUGACAUGGUCUCGAAUGAAGAGGAAUGGUCCAUUGUUCAAGGGGCUUUACAGAUACUCACAGUUGCAGAUUGUCUAACAAGCAGGUCUUCUGUCUUUGAAGCUUCCUUGAGAUCCACUCUAGCUAGAAUAAGCACAAGUUUGUCUUUUUCGGUAUUUGGAUCAAGUUUGGACCAAAAACAGUCUCACAUGACCAUUAUUGAUGGAAAUGGUGAACCAUCCUUGGGACAAAGAGCUGCCUUGGAUGUGGCAGUUGUACGACUUGUUGAUGCUCCUGAGAAGGCUCGGAAACUAUUUAACCUUUUAGAUCAGUCCAAAGAUCCCCGCUUUCAUGCACUUCCACUUGCAUCGCAGAGAGUUUCAGCAUUUGCUGAUGCAGUGAAUGAACUUGUUUAUGAUGUCCUCAUAUCUAAAGUACGACAGCGCCUCAGUGAUGUAUCUCGUUUGCCAAUUUGGUCUGCAGUUGAUGAACAUAGUUCUUUCCGUCUCCCAACCUUCAGUGCAUACCCUCAGUCAUAUGUAACCAGUGUUGGCGAAUAUCUCCUUACCUUACCCCAGCAGUUGGAGCCACUUGCCGAUGGCAUAUCUAAUAAUGAUGCCAACAAUGAAGAAGCACAGUUUUUUGCAACCGAAUGGAUGUUCAAGGUUGCGGAAGGUGCCACUGCCCUUUACAUGGAGCAGUUGCGGGGUAUUCAGUAUAUAACAGAUCGUGGCGCACAACAACUAUCUGUCGAUAUUGAAUACCUGAGUAAUGUACUUUCUGCUUUAUCGAUGCCAAUUCCUCCAAUCCUUGCAACGUUCCACACUUGCCUCUCGACCCCAAGAGACCAGCUGAAGCAACUUGUGAAAUCAGAUUCAGGGAACCAGCUAGAUCUUUCAACGGCGAAUCUCGUGUGUAAAAUCCGCCGUGUCAGUUUAGAUUAGAAUCUCCCUCGCUGGAAAUUUUGAUGUUGAAAUAAACACUAUUUCAACUAAAUCAUACCAUCUCAGAAGAUUCAGUUGUUGCCCCUGCCUUUUUAUACGCAUUGUUGCAUGCAUGUUGCCUUCACUCUGCAAGUGUAUUCUUUACGAUUCUUUCAUGAAGGUUCUUCUCUGUAAUACAUGAUUAUAUCACGGUUAGCAAAAAAGCUGCAAAUUUUUAUCAUAUAUAUAUA